GACCUGGCGCCCACUCCAGGAAUUGAUCGAUUCGCACCUGUUCCAGACCUAGACCCUGCCCUUGGUGUCAAGUACCGCUGGGAUCGCUGGCUUUACCGACACUCUCUGGUGAGGUAUCAAACGGAAGAGAGGAGCAGCAUCAAGAACGUAACGGGGGGGCCCCACAUUGUCUAAUUUGGCGCCAACGGGACAGAUAUACAGUGGGAGACAGCGGGAGUACCAUGGCCAAUCUUGUGGACAGCUGGUUGAACGGGAUCGGUCUGGGCUAUGCUGUGCCCAUCUUCGCCGGGCAGGGUAUCGACUCGCCGGACAUGCUCUCCGAGCUAGACGUGGUUGACUUUCCGGAGCUUGGAAUCUCGGACCAAAACGAUCGCAAGAAGCUCUUCUACCUGAUCCAGAGAGUAAAGCUGGCGCUUGCGCGGGGCCGGGCCGCGGAAGACAAAGCCGCGCCGCAGGCAGAUUCCGUGGUUUCUUUAGCCCCCAAGGCGGCAGCAGUACACGCAACAGCAGCAGCCAGUCAGCGGGAAGCAGGCGCGAAGGAGCAGCGGGCAGCAGACAAGACCCCUUCCUCUGUUUCUCAUACCUCGGUGCGGUUUCGGAGAGAGCUAGAGGUGCCCGCGGCUAGGGAUGUGGCGGCGGCGUCGCCACGCGCUGCUGUCAUCAAGAGCACGCCUUCCGCGGUAGCUCGCCUUACCCCCGCCAAGGCCCAGCGCCUGCCACCGUCGCACAGGCGGCCGAAGACACCGCACGCCGACGGGGCCGUUAGGGGGAGGAAUCAGCAGACGUCUGCUGCCGUCAGGUCGCCUUCCCCCGCAGCCAACAGAGGCAGGCAACAGCGGCAGCAGCAACACCAGCAGCCGGUAGCUAGGCUCGCGGCAGCGCCCCCCGAGACGGGCGUCGCAGUCUUGGCCGUGGAACACCACGACGCGGCGUUGCGGCACGAACAACGGGGGGUUGGCAGCAGCAGCGACGGGGAGGGGGCACGCGGACGGCCUACCGCCCACGACAGGAGACCGUCGCGCUCUAAGAACAUGAGCAAGUCGGCGGGGGAGCAACGCCGGAGCGCGUUGGAGCCGGUGCAGCUGGACGAGUCGGGGGGGCGAGCCAGCAUCUCCUCUUCCGACGCAGCAGUCGAGCAUCUGCUGGCGUCUCCACCAGGCCAUUCGCUUCACCGCCCGGCUCCGGGGGAGUGCACGGCGGAGGGGGCGUCCCCACGGGGGGUCUCUAGAUCGCAGGCUGGGGAGGGGUGGACGGAGCGGUCGAAGUCGUUCGGCAGUCACGCCGUUGCGCAGGAGGAGUCUCUCGCCAGGCGACGAUCUCUAGAGGGGCAUCCGCCGUCGUCUAACUCCGGCAGUGCCCCUCUCGCUACCGCUGCGUUGGUCCCAGCAGUGGAGGUCGCGCGUCUUUACCCGGGGAGACGAGACGCAGCUGAUGCCGGCAGCGGCACCCGAAGGAACAGGGCGGAGACCUUGGAAGCGUGGAACGGGGACGAUGAUCCCGUCGGAUCAGUUUCGGCUUCCGUCCGGAGGGGCAGCGAGCGACAAAGCGAGAGCGUCGAGGUCGAUUGCGGCGGAAACCAAGCAUCGGUGGCGGAGGGCGGCCGGCGGGAGAGCGCGGCGGAGCUAGCCAUGCACCUCAUCUCGGCGCACAGGGAGGACGUCCGGAGCGCGCUCGCGGCCGCCCGCAAGGACAUGGACCUGGUGUCCAAGGCGGACCAGGACCGGCGACCGGCGGCCCUCAUGGAGUACGCGAGGGAGGUAGAAGGGGUGCUGGGGGAGCGCCUAGCGGCAGGCGCCAGGCUGAGGAAGGCGCUGAACAGCUACGUCGCUCUGAGGCAGUCGACGAUUGGAGGUGAUGCCACGGGUACGACACCCCUGGGGGGCCACGAGUUGCAGGCAGGGCGGUCGCGGGUGGGCCGGCGAGGGGUGCACGCGUGAUGAUUCUGGGGGCUGGGUUACCGCUCCUUCGGGGUGAACGGGGUGAAGCGUUACGUCGUACGUUACGGCAUGUCUCGAGCAGGAGGAUUGUGGACGUUCUUCUGCUGGGGCUGUCAUCGAAAGAAACUGCUCCCCCCUACUGCUGUGUCGAUUUUUAUCUCUUUUACUUUUUGGUAACGUUGUGUGAGGACGAUUAUUUUGUUCGUAGCUGAAUUUGGUGAUGUAGGCGUGGGAGGAGAUGCCGCGAAGGGCAGACAUGUCAGCAAAUCGCUGCAAGUCAACCAACUCUUGUACGGCAGUCCUCCUCCCCGCCAAGAGUUUCUCGUUGGCGGCAUCUUUGACACAUCAGUGAAGAGGUUGUUGCUGCCUGUGUACAACGUACGUUGCUAAGAGCUGUAUCCGUCGGUGGUGUUGAUCGACGAACGUCUUUGCUUCCGGCGUCCCUACAAUUUGUGCGUUUUUGGUGGAACCUUUGAUGGGACUUGUUAUUGCAGCGAAACAGAAAGACUUGUGUCGAGGUGUAGUGCUGGUUGGCUCUCGAAGAGCUCUAUUCUACUUCCCACCAGUACGCGAUGCAUGCUUCGGCACAAUCUCCUCGCGUGACCGUUUAGGCGUAGAGUUUUAUCCCAAGAUCGGUAGGCAACCUCCAGGUAGUCGUUGUUGUAAAAAUAUAAUCUGUGCGAUGCGGGCAUCGGUUGUGCCAUCUCUGUGGGAGCUGGAGCGCCUUCGUGGUUUCUCACACGCACCCGGUCGUAGUGAGGAAGUACCCUGCAGUAGACACAGCCGGUUCCGGCAUUUGCCUUGAGGAAAAGUGGCGUUUGUGAAAGCGUUUCCGUCGGUGUGUGUUGCUAAUUCUCGGAAUGCACGUUGUCAUUAACAUUGUCAUGCCUGCUUGGUGGCGAAAUCGAUUAGACUUUGAUCUUUGCUUUGCUAGUAUACGAGGCGUGGGGCGCAUGGCUCCAGCCAGGAGGUCGAGAGAGACACUUCCCUGGUGGUUGGCCGUGCUUGUUGGACGGGCUGUGUGACCCUUGGAAACGAUUGCUAUCUAGUGUUUCGCCGAAAGAAAUAUAAAAAAGGAAGGCUUAGGGUAAGCUAGUCGAACAGAUUCGCCUAUGUUUUGUGGUGUGCGUCUCUCGCGUGGUUGAAGGUUUGCGGUGUUCAUGCCGUUCCGACAAAGGGUCGCCCGAAGGUUCAGAUUUUUCGGGCAUGCUAAAUUGUUGGAAGGGUAGAGAAUCCCUCCCGUGGUGGCCCCGGCUAGUGCUUCAACCACAAUGUAUUAGGUGUAGACUGGCGCCUGAGUAGACAAAAUG